UCUGCUCACAAUGAGAAGGAUGGUGCCAUGGCCCAGAUCUGUAGAUGCACAAAGCCGGUAACAGAGCAACAGGACCAAGGGACAACAAGGGCACAGGCAAAGAGAAGAGAGAGGUUGCCCAGAGAAUAGACAAUCCAGAGCUUGAGGAGUCUGAGUUUGCAGUUUAUUUUUUUCUCCCGACAAAGACACACACUGUCUAAACUGUGUGGCUGGUUGUUAUUAAGAAGCUGCUGUACGAAGGAAAAAUGUAUUUAAUAAAAGGCCCAGUGUUUGUGGUCUUCUAGGGCUCACUGCUGAGCUCAGGAAAUCUUGAGGUGUGACCAGUUUUCAGCCUUCAAAACCAAGAUGAACUGCCCUUGAGAAGGGUGGUCAGGAGGGAAACAUGUUCACGCUCUCUCUACUGAGCCGGGGACAUGGGAAGUUGGUCCAGAAUAAACAGAAGCUAGAAGUCUAUUUUGAACCAGAGGAUUACUUGAACUGGAAGUCCCCAGAAGAUUAUGUCCUGGUCAGCAAACCGCAGGAUGACGGCAUUGCCAACCAGCACACCUGGAGCCUCUUUCUUCCUAAAACAUUCAGUACUAGAAAGGGAGCCCUGAUCCUCUACUCAGAAGGUUUAGCCUUAUCAGCAUGGACACCCGACGGGAGGAGAAAAGGCCCCUACCGCUCCAAAGGCCACAGGAAGAGGCUGGGUUUUGAACUGCACACACUCCAGGAUCUCAAAGAAGCCAUCCUGGCAUAUGGAAGGGGACAGAGGGAGCAGGACAGAACCUGGCAACCAUACCUCCACUUCCGAAGCCAACCAGAGAGCCAGGCCCAACGGCAGAUGCAGCCUGGGUAUUCAGCCAAGAGAUACCUCCGAGGCCUCUUGCGGACAUGGCCCCCUGACACAAUGUACAGGCUCCAAUGUGCAGGAUACAUCAAGGAUUCUGUGCUGCUCCAGGACAGUCAACUUAAUGUACCAAAGAAUCUCAGGCCACAACAGGAUCUUUCAGGUGUACCCCCGAAAUACCAUCUCUUGCCUGUCUUCCCUUCAUUUUGGAUUCAACAAGGAAAAUCUUUUGAACAAGGUCAGCAGGGCCUGGAUGAAGGGGAAGCUGGGACUGGUGGACGCAUGGACGAGGGCUGUCUAGCCAAGAAUCACAGCCAGGGGAUUCACUUGCUGCCACUCAGGAAGCAGCCAUGCCAGGAAGAUGAAACCCAGGCAGAGGACACAUCAAUAGAGAAUCACCCUCGUAUACACACUUCAAAGGAGAGCCACAAUGAAAAAAUACAGCAAACCUCCAGAAGGGCCUUUGGGCAUGCCUGCAUCGAUCAUUCUUGGCUCCUGAGUGACAAAUCCCACAUUACAUUCUAUGGAGGGGCCUUCCCCAAUAGAAAGGCAGAUCUCAGCGACAGACAAGAGAAUAUAAAACUCCACAAGGGCAGAAGCAGUCACUUGUUACAGGAGCCUCCUGCUGAAAGAUGCCUUUUCCCUCCUAUAGCACCUGCCACUGGCUCAGAGAAAAACACAGCUGGGGAAGUGAAGAAGAAAAAGGUGCCCAAGGCUUUGAAACUACCUCCCAUCUCAGAAGAACCACCCAGAGUCCUGAACCCCCUGAGGAGUCCAUUUAAAGCCAAUGAACCUCCAGCAGAACUCUUUAUCUUCCCAGUGGAGAUUCAUUUCCACACCCAACAUCCCUCAAAAGAAAAGUCACACAGAAGAGGUGCUCCACACCCUGAGUCAGGACCAGAAACAGAAGAAAAGGUCAGGGCUUUACGGAAACCUCCCAUGAAGCAUGCAUCCCUAGAAAAGCCAAGGGAGUUAACAGUGCAUCUCCCAGUGGACACGGGCAGGGACAUGCUCUCACCUCAAGGUGAUGAUGCCCCACCCCAAAAUAUGACCCCACCAAUGUCCCUGAUUAAAGGAAUAAAAAGUCCAGAGAGCCAGAGGGGCCGGGACAGCCCCAGGACAUCAGGCUGCAACAGCUCCACAGGCCCCAUGGACGUGAGAAGGGCCAAGGGGACACUCCCAGCAGAAGGACAAGAAGAUUCCAAAGACCCCACACCGGGACACUUCUUGCUGGGUCCAGAUGGAGAAAACAUCUGCCUAUCCCUCCCCAGGCCUACUGAAACCGAGGAUCCUCUUUCAAGUAAAGCCUAUGAAUCUAUCAAUUCAAAUACCAGCCAUGAAAAGGAGGGGUCUAGUAUUCAACACCUCCUAAAAGCAAACAAUGAAUCCAGAACCUAUCUUCACACGAAUCUUAAUGAAACCUCACCUUUGACCCAAAAGCCAGAGAAGCAGGGAGCCCAGCAGUCCUUGGAGGCAGCAGCUCAGAAGAGAGGAGAGCCUCAAAGUUGUAUAAAUAAAGGGCUGAUAUGUUCAAACAGAAAAGAAUUUUACACGCGCAAGCUGCACAUCGACAUGACGCCGUUCCUGAAGGAAAAUGGAGAUGAAAUGGACUAUCAUGAAGAACCAGGAGGACCCCUCAGAGAAAAUCAUCAAGACACCCAAGACCAGGAGCUGAGGAAUAUGAACCUUGACCCUCCUAGUGCUUCCCUGGAUGAUCACAUCCAGACCUUCGAGUCAGAUACUGUCCAAAAGACUGGCAGAGAUUAUGAUGUACAUCAUCUACAAAGAAGACUCCAAGGACACGAGUCCCUAGAGAGGUUGGGUCCUAAAGACACAUCUCUUCUUCCAAGAGGAAGAGAAGAGAAAACUGAACCAAGAUCAUUCAACCACCAGGCACUAGCCAACAUAAAUGAGAUGGAGUUGAUUGGCAAAGACAAGAGAAAGAAAAGAACCAAGACAGACAAGUCCAAGGCACCCCAAGGGGAGAGAGAAGGAAAGGUCCACAGGAAAACAGAGGCUUCUGUUGGAAAGUCAAAGGAAUCAAAGACUGAAAAGAAAUCAGGGCUAAUUCCCAAAGAAAGGAAUCCAAGAGCCAAAAGGAAAAGGAUACGGAAGGAAAGGAAUCUGGAAAUAGCAGCAGAACUGAAUGGGCCUGAUAUCAUUAACUCUAAGGAAAUAGAAGACACUUCAGAUAGAGGUUUCUCUCCUUCCAGUUCUCUUGUAGAGGACCCUUGGCUUUCCGCCAAGUAUGAUGCUCCGGAGAGCCAAGUGUCCAUAGAUGGAAGAUCAUCACCCAUGCAGACUAUACCUGUCACUAGAAACACGGAAUCUAAAGAAGAAAGAAGCUAUGAUGACCCUUCCAAGACCCUCCUCGCCAAGAGAGAGCAAGAAGCUUCCAGGGACAGGCUGCGAGCAGAGAGGGCUGAGAUGAGACGCUUGGAGGUGGAGAGGAAGAGAAGGGAGCAGGAAGAGCAGAGGCAGCUCUUGCAGGAGCAGCUGGAGAGGGCAGAGAAGAUGAAGGAGGAGCUGGAGCUGGAGCAACGCGCCCGCGCGGAGGAGAUCCGGUGGGUGGAGCAGCGGGAGGCUGUGGCCACACCAGGAGGCAGCAGGAAGAGGCUGGGGUUAACCUCCACCAGGGACAGAGUUGGUUCUGAGGCUAAUGCCCGGCUGAGGAAACAGAGACUCGAAGAAGAACGGCAGCGGCAGGAGGAGGAGGAGAGGAAGCAGCAGCGUCAGUUGCAAGUGGCCCAGGAGAGACUCCGGCAGCAACAGGACAAAUUCCGGAGGAAACUGCAAGAACUGCAGAGAAAAAAGCAGCAGGAGGAAGCCGAGAGGGCUGAGGCUGAGAAGCAAAGGCAGAAGGAAUUGGAAAUACAGUUAGCAGAAGAACAAAAACGCCUGAUGGAAAUGGCUGAAGAAGAACGGCUAGAGUACCAGCGGAGGAAACAGGAAGCAGAAGAGAAGGCUCAGCAGGAAGCAGAGGAGAGAAGGCAAAGGGAAGAGGAAGCAGCAAGGCUGGCCCUGGAGGAAGCUAUGAAACAGGUGCAGGAACAAGCCAGGCAAAAAGCUGCUUUGAAGAAACAUCUUCAGUUCCACCAAGAACUCUCUAAGGAAGCCAGUGGCCUACAGUGGACACAGAACAUUUCCAGAUCAUGGGUGUUCUCUUACUUCCAAUUCCUACAAAUACCCAAACCUUAAGGCUAGAAGAAACCUUAAAAGUAAGUUGGGAGGUGGUGACAGAAAAAGAGAAACUUCUAUAAUGAAGCUGCAUUUCAUUUGGUUCACCUCAACCCACACCUAGCUUCACUCUAGGACCUCCAUUCCCACCACCCUUCCCCACCACACAUAAUUAACUAAAGUUAAUGGAUUCACCUAAAUCCAUCAUGUUCUGUAGAACCCCAUAAAUCCAGAAACUUUAGUGCCUAAAACUGCCCAAUUUCAUGUUUGAAUUUCAGCAAAUUCAGUUUAACUUCAGUUAGUAAGACACUAACAUCAUCUUAGGAUAGUCAAAGUAUUUGAUUUCACAAUGUGUCUGAAGGAGUUGAUAAAAUGGAAAUUCCAUAAUGCAAAUAAUUCUGAAUAGGUUAAGGAGUUAAUUCAUAUAUACAUACUCUUUAUAAGGCAAAAUCACAUCUAUUUCAGCCUAAACAUCUAAAAUAUGCUGCCUGUUGAAAACAAGGUAAGCACUUGAUAAAUGUUCAUUUGAGUAAAAUUAGCUGUUUUGUGAGGGUAUUCUCACUUCCUCAAAGUAUAGAUUCUAGAGCUGCACUGGUUUGUAAGUAGCCACAUGUAACUAUUUCAAUGUUAAAACAUUCAAUUUUCCAUUCACAAUAGCCACAUUUUAAGUGCUCAAUAGCCACAUGUAGCUACUGGCUACCUAACUGGACAGUACAGAUGUAGAACAUUUCCAUCAUAGAAAGUUCUACGGGACAGCACCAUUCUAGACUCUUGAUAAUUAACAAAUCUUGAGGGUCUGUUUCUGUCCCUUUAAGAUCCAACCACUCACAUAAUUUCCCCAUUUUUAAAAUCAUAUGGACACUAUUAAGGAACAGACUUAAUUUUUAACAUCUCUUUAAAUAUCAAUAAGUAUUUAGUAAGUAUCUGUCAUAGAAUUAUCAUCAAAAGGUAUGAAAGAUGAUUACAAGAUCUAUAAAAGGAUGUUAGAGCAAGCAGUAUCUGAACCAGAAUUUUCCCACAAAUUUCCUUUGGCCCUACUCUGUAUCUGUGUGCAACUGAAAAAGUAUUUACAGAUGAUUCCCUCAAAUUUCUCACCAAUGCUUGUAAAGUAUUUACUCUCUAUAGGAACUGUAUUUCUACAAUCCUGAUGUCAAGCUUAAUUUCAAGUCUGUAUUGCUGACUUGCUGUAUUGCUUUAUGUAAAAAAUAAAUAAAAUGGCCAAAACACUA